UAAGUACUAUGAGAGGGAGGCUCUUGAUGCAUGACUCAGUGUUUGGACCCAUCCUGGCAUAUCUACUGGUGGGUCCCUGUGCUCUGGAGUACACUAAGCUGAAGACGUCCGACCACUUCUGGACGGACCCGUCGGCCAACGAGUUGGUCCAGCGCCACGGGGCCCACCGGGGCCAGGACGCUUCCCCCAGCAGGAGGCCCGCUCUGGGGAUCCAGAAGAGACAGUCCAGUGUCAGCAUGUCCGAGGAUAAGUUUGCGGCGUCUGCGCGGAAUACGUGGAAUUCUUCAUCAGAACUCCCGUACUCACCUGCUCUACGGCAAAAACAACGUCCUGCGUCCAACCGAAGAAAGAAAUGGAGGUGUUACGGGGGUACCUGUCCCUUCACCAGGCAGGGGAUAACCUCACCCUGAAGUGGACCCCUAACCAGCUCAUCAACGGCACCCUGGGAGACUGUGACCUGGA